AUGGCUGUAGCAGAUAAAAGACUUGAGAACUUGCAAAUCUAUAAAGUUCUUCAGUGUGUUCGGAACAAAGACAAGAAACAGAUAGAGAAGUUGACCAAGUUUGGAUACCCUCAACUCAUUAAUUUCACGGAGCCCAUCAAUGGACAGAGUGCUCUACACUUGGCCUGCGUUUCCAAUGAUAUUGAUAUGGUUACCUUUCUCCUUAGCCUUGGGGCCCACCCUGAUGUGCAAGACCGGAUGGGCUUUACUCCAACAAUGAGGGCUGCAGAACUGGGUCAUGAAUUGUCAUUGGAAAUAUUAGCAAAGGCAAAUGCUGAUAUGACUAUAGUUGAUAAUGAAGGAAAAGGUAUUUUGUUCUAUUGCAUUUUACCUACUAAGCGGCAUUAUCGAUGUGCACUGAUUGCCCUGGAGAAUGGCGCAGAUGUCAACAAUUCUUCCUAUGAAGGAAAGCCAGUAUUCUUUAGAGCCUGCGAAGAAGCACAUGAUGUCAAAGCUCUGUGCCUGAAAUUUUUGGAAAAAGGAGCCAAUCCAAAUUCUACGUACCCAGUCACAGGUCGCACAGCAUUAAUGGAAGCAUCUCGAGAAGGAGUGACAGAAUUAGUUCGAGGAAUUUUGGAAAGAGGAGGGGAAGUGAACACGUUUGAUUUUAACAGAUAUCAUGCUGCACAUUUUGCUGCCAAAGGAGGCCAUUUUGAUAUUUUGAGACUUCUUUUUGCAUACAAUGCAGACCUGGGGUUGAUUGCAAUGGAUGGGAACACACCACUUCAUCAUGCUGCCAUGGGUGGUUUUGCAGAUUGCUGUAGAUAUAUAGCCCAGCGAGGAUGUGACCUGAAAUGGAAAAAUUUAGAACAUAAAACGCCCAGAAUUCUUGCUAAGGAUGGUGGCUUCAAGGCAGCAAGCAAAGAAAUACGUCGAGCAGAGAUAAUAGCUAAUAAACUGGCCAAGCCUGGAGUCAAAAAUCUGAAUCCUAUUUGGGCCCUUCGACUACAUGACUGGUCAGUAGAGCAUGAGUCUUUCCUUCGGGAAGCCUUUGCCUUUGUGGAUCGGGGCGAUGGAACAGUAAGCAAGGAAGAUUUUGUGCUGACUCUGGAGGAGAGGCAAGACUUUGUCACCUCAGAACAGCUGGGUACCAUAGCUCAGCUUCAUGAGAAAACCCGAGGAGGUGGGGUGAACAUCGAUGAAUUCUUCAAAGGAACCAGUUACUUAGGCAAGACUUACGUCUUGAGCUCCUUUGGGCCUAAGAAAAAGAAAAGGGGGGCAGGGAAAAAGGGAAAGCAAGGCCGGUUUGUUAUGCCGCUGCCAAUCUGCGUCAUCCCUGAUGAGGUAUUCCCGCACCGAGAUGGUGGCCCUCCUUACUACCUGAUUGAGACCUACAGGAACAUAACGGACUGUAAUCGGUUCAACCGAGAUCAUCCACCAGAACACCCCAUUCAGGAUGACUCUGCAUGGUACAUUGAUGAGCCCACGCUGGAAUAUUCAAACAUCAAUUAUAUCACCAGGGCCGGAGACCUGGUUUCUCUGAAAAAAGCAUUUGAAAAAGGAAUCCCGGUGGAUAUGAAGGACAAUUAUUACAAAACUCCACUCAUGACUGCAUGUGCAAAUGGAAAUAUAGAAGCUGUCAAAUUUCUUCUUGAAAGGGGGGCCGACGUCAAUGCAACAGAUAAUUUUCUGUGGACUCCACUUCAUUUUGCUUGCCAUGCGGGCCAACAGGACAUUGUUGAGCUUCUUGUUAAGUCUGGAGCUGUAGUAGAUGCACUUUCAAUCAACAAUUCAACUCCUUUAAGUAGAGCCAUUGAGAGCUGUAGACUGGAUACUGUGAAAUACCUCCUUGACAUUGGUGCUAAGUUCCAGUUGGAAAAUAGAAAAGGACACAAUGCCAUGGAUGUUGCUAAGGCAUAUGCUGACUUUAGAAUAAUUGGUUUGAUUAAAGAAAAGAUGGAUAGUAUGCCCAAACCAGCAGAAAAUCAAAAACCGAAAGGCAAGCCUCCUCCUAAAGUGAAGGUGGAAGGUCUUGAAGUUAAAGAAGAGGUAAGAAAAGCACCAUUAAUGUAUUCUAUUCCAGCAACAAUACAUGAAAAGAAGAUGCAGAAAGAUAAUGUUGUUCAUCUUAAUUCAUUGAUUACCAGUGGUUAUACCAAGAAAGUAGAUAUCACGUUUAUUCCCCGAAGAAUCUGGAGUCCUGAAGCUACAACAGCAGAACUGAUUGAGAAGAGGGAAACGCAGAGGGAGAGAUUCACCUCUGAGGUAGACUUUGAUGACUUCUUGAUGCCAUUCCAGAAAAACAUCAAAGAGAAAGCAGAAGCAAUGGAGAGCAUUCUU